UCUCUGUCCCUUCCUGACAAUCCUCUUCACUGGAAAUCUCCAGGUCCACUGACCCAUACCUACAGAAGGGAGAAAAUACAUUUUUGUGAGGUUCGUGUUUGCUGUAAAACACCUGCGACCAUGUGUGACCAAACCUUUGUGGCGGCCACUUUUGGCCCCUGUGAGAGCUGUGCCACACCGAGCCCUCUCAUGAACAUUUACAUCAAGAAUGAGCCAAUCAACUACUGCUCCUUCUGCGUGGAAAUGAUGGCUUGUCAGGGACUCCAGAGCGGGGAGAGCGUGGCGUCUCUGAAGCGGGAGUGUGACAGUCUGAAGAAGAAGCUGGAGGAGGAGCGGGGCAAACUCAACGACGUGGAGCUCCAUCAGGUGGCUGAGAAGAUUGAGGUUUUGGGCAGUCUUUCCAUAAAGACCAGGCGUGUGCUCAAAGGCCAUGGAAACAAGGUGCUCUGCAUGGACUGGUGCAAAGACAAACGACGUUUAGUAAGCUCCUCACAGGAUGGAAAGGUGAUUGUCUGGGAUGGAUUCACUCUCAACAAGGAGAAUGGGAUCAGUGUGCCCUGUACAUGGGUGAUGGCAUGUGCUUAUGCACCCUCGGGCUGUGCAGUUGCUUGUGGUGGUCUGGAUAAUAAGUGUUCGGUGUACCCUUUGUCUAUGGAUAAGAACGAGAACCUGUCUGCUAAGAAGAAGGCAGUCGCUAUGCACACUAACUAUGUGUCAGCAUGCACCUUCACCAACUCUGACAAUCAGCUUCUGACCUCCAGUGGUGAUGGCUCGUGUGCAUUAUGGGAUGUGGAGAGUGGGCAGCUGCUGCAGAGUUUCCACGGCCACACUGCUGAUGUCUUGUCCCUGGAUCUGGCACCGUCUGAGACUGGAAAUACUUUUGUAUCUGGGGGCUGUGAUAAGAAGGCUAAUGUGUGGGAUAUGCGCUCUGGGCAGAACAUCCAGUCUUUCGAGAGUCAUGUGUCUGACAUCAACUGUGUGAAGUACUACCCCAGUGGAGAUGCAUUUGCAUCUGCUUCAGACGAUGCCACAUGCCGUUUCUAUGAUUUACGGGCUGACCGUGAAGUAGCUGUCUACCAGAAGGACAGUAUCAUAUUUGGUGCUUCCACUGUGGACUUUUCUUUAAGUGGUCGCCUGCUGUUUGCUGGCUACAAUGACUACACUAUCAAUGUGUGGGACGUAUUAAAGGGGACUCGGGCCUCUGUUCUGUUUGGGCAUGAGAAUCGCGUCAGCAGAGUCCGAGUGUCUCCUGACGGCACUGCUCUGUGUUCUGCCUCUUGGGAUCAUACCUUACGGAUCUGGGCCUAAAGUUUUUUUUUGUUUAUCAACAUUAGUGGUGAUACAAUAGCUAUAUUGCAUUUCUGAAAAUGGAACUAAUCCUUAAAUCCUAUGUGUUCAUAAACACACCAUGACGGUACACUAAACCACAAUAUUUGAGUUACAUUUGAAUUGUCAAAACUUCAGACUUAAGACAAUUAAAAUAUUACUGAUGUUAAGAAAUACAACUUGUACAAAAUAUUACUCUUCUGGAUUUUCAUAUAUUUAAGAUUGUAUUACACCCACUCAAUUGUAAAUAUUAACAAUAAUAUAAUCUAGCAGUCUUUUCCAGCACACUCAUUGUAAAGUGGAAAGUAUGUAGGUUUUAUUAUUUCAUUUGUGUACAUAAAGUUAGCUUGUUUAAUAGUAAUAACAGUAAAGUUGUUUCAUGACUCCUUGAUCACCAACAAUUGCAGUCACACUAACACAUCCAUACAGCCAUACAGCAAAACAGCCAAAGUGUCUUGCUCAAGAACAUAACAGUAUGCACAGAUUGAA